CGUUCAAAAAUCCCUUUGAUCAACCCUCUCCGUGUCUGCGGUUUGCCGAAAUGGGGUUUCGGCUGUGGCUCAUUGGUCUCGUCCUUGCUCUGGCCACGGUGGCCGAGUGCUCCUCUUCUUUCCUGGGCUCCAAACAGGAUUUCCCAAUGCCGUACACCCCGGGCAGCUUGGAUUCCAUAGAGAUGUUGAUGGACUCUGAGAUCAACCGUCGCCAACUUGCCGCCGCAAGGUACAUCAGCUAUGGAGCCCUGAGGAAGAACUCGAUCCCGUGCAACCGUCGCGGCCACUCGUACUACAACUGCUCCAAGCAAAAGAGGGCCAACCCGUACAGGAGGGGUUGCAGUGUCAUAACACAUUGCAAGAGGUUCACUAACUAAUCGACAAAUAAAUAAAAGAAAAAACAAAAGAAAAUAACUAAGGGAAAAAAAAAAAAGAUCACCUGGACGAUUUAUGAACUAAUUUGUUCUUGACGGUUGAUAUCAUCAUAAUCUUGGUCGAUUGUACUUCUUUUUCUAAAAAACUUACAUGUGAAAGUGCCCAAUAAUCUCUAUUAUACUUUUUAAUAUCGUAACAUUUAUUGAUGUUCUAAGUCACAUAUGUAAAGCUAACAUCGGGUAUAGGGCCUAUAUGUGUGUAUCCUUCUCGUGAUUUGUUGUCCUAUGGUUCUUUGUAUUCUAACCGAAUAUUGUAUUAUUAUUUAAGGGGGGGAAAAAAAGAACAAGCUUGGUGGAUGGACUAGAGCAUCUAAUUCCUCUUCCUUGUACAUAUCCUAUUACAUUCAUUAGUUCAUCAUCUUCAUUUUUUGU